GAAAUUUUUACGCAAGAUAACAAGACAGUCUGUGACCUGUUCAUGAAAAGAAGAGCCUCCCACGGGACACCUCGCGCCCACCACGCCCGCAUGUCUCGUGCAUACCUUCUCGUAUUUGUCCAUCUCGGGUUGGCUGCUGUGAUAUGCGCCUCUACACCAUCAGAGCUGCACAACGCAUGGCUUUGUCUCCACUGCACGGGGGUGGAGGACCCAUCUGAAUGUAACGCUUUCAGACUCUGCCAGGAACCGAUGAUCUGCUUUGCCUCCAGCUACGUCUCUCCAUCAGGACGGGUUCUAUACGACAUGGGCUGUAGCGAUGCGCUGAAUCUGGCAAAGAUGACAUUUGCGCCAAGUCCAUCGUUGCCGGCUCAGAUGACCUUGCCCGCGGGGUCUGACCAGAAUCGAUAUCUGUGUGACCGGCUGUGUUUUUCUCAUUUCUGCAACUACAGACUGUGUCCGAGUUAUAAAUCGCAGACGAAUAUUCGCUGUGUGAGCUGCACUGACGUCAGUCAUCCUAACCGAUGUGAAAGAAUAAAAACAUGUACCGCCCACGAGACGUGCAUGUAUCGGACUUACAUCAACGACGUCUUAGAGAUUCGGUACGCGAUGGGCUGCAUGUCCAAGCGGAUAUGCGACACACACGAGGGAAGGAGGCGGCAGUUAACUAUUGAUUGUUGUGAUACGGAUUUCUGCAACAUGCUGUCUGCUAUAGGGGUACCAUUGACGUCUACAUCUACAACAUCGACAAGUGAUUUCACUACUGUUGACGUGAAAACUACAACACUUACCCUAAUCACGACUACAACUACUACCUUGAUUCCGACAAUAACGACUUCAACAACAACGCCUUCUACAAGUAUAACAACCACUACACCGAGCACCACACAACGAAUUGCAGAUGGGCCGUUGUGCUUGUCCUGUCAGUCAUUCAGUCAGCGGAAAGGAUGCUCUACUCUAUCAACUUGUCGGUCGGACCAGAUGUGUUAUUUUUCUGUGAACCAAUCGGAAAAGGGACUGACGUAUUCCGCGGGGUGUUCGUCGAAAACACUUUGCAGUGGAUUUGGAAGUACACUCAUUGGAAAGAGAUCUGAAGAAUUACCGAGACGCCUCGAUCCCUUUGAGAUGAAGAGAGACGCGUCCCUUCAACGAUGCUUUCAGUGUUGCGAUUUCAACUUCUGUAACUAUGAUCUGUGUCCGUCCAUCUUACGAUCAACACCUGUGGGAUGAAAAGAUGCCAGGUGCGGAAAAAAAGGAAGGGUAUUGCUCCUCAGUGUUUGAUACAUGUGUAUGAAUAUCAUCACUAUACAAAUUUAUUCUUCAUUAAAUGAAUUGAUUUCUAAUAGACGUUU